AUGUUAAUUGGCUCUUGCAGGUUUCGAAGUCGUGCACGUUUGCCAGUCUUAACUUUUUUCUAUAAGCACAAUUCUGCUACAAUAUGCAGAUCAUCCCAACCCUUAUCCGGCUUUAGUGCAAGAUGCCUAGAAGAUGAAUGUUUAAUUGAAUUGAUAAUGUCAGCAAAUCCCUCAUCUUCCACCCUUUAUCUUAUUGACACACGUCCACGUGUAAAUGCGAUGGUCAAUAAAGUCCAAGGAAAGGGUUUUGAAGAUUCCAAAAAUUACACAAACAUUCAAUUCCAUUUUUUUGACAUUGAAAAUAUUCAUGUUGUUAGAUCCAGUUUAAAUAGGCUUUUGGAAGCUUGUCAACGGCCACAAUCAAUUACUCAAUAUUUGAAGGCUGUAGAUGCUUCUGGUUGGUUGAAACAUUUGCGUGUUCUCUUAGAAUGUAGCUUUUUUAUUGCUGAAUCGGUUAUUAGAGGAAUUUCUUGUGUUGUGCAUUGUUCAGAUGGAUGGGAUAGAACAUCGCAAACAGUUUCUCUUGCCCAAUUGGUGCUUGAUCCUUAUUAUAGAACGAUUAAAGGCUUUCAGACUUUAAUAGACAAGGAUUGGCUAGGUUUUGGGUUUAAAUUUGAUGAUCGUUGUGGGCAUUUGGGAACAAUUUCUGAAGAAAAUGAAAAGGAGGUUUCUCCCAUAUUUACUCAAUUUCUUGAUUCAAUCUUUCAAUUAAUGCGACAUAAACCUAUGGCUUUUGAAUUUAAUGAACGCUAUUUAAUUGAAUUAAAUGAAAAUGCUUAUUCCUGUGUUUAUGGUCAAUUUAUUGGAAAUUGUGAUAAAGAUAGAAAGGAUCUUCGAAUAACUACAAAAACCUUGUCUUUAUGGUCAUUUAUGGAUAGCAGAAAGGAUGAUUAUACAAAUCCAUUUUAUAAUCCAGCAGCAGAUUUGUGUUUACACGAGGGCAAGCUACAGCCUUCAUCCUUUGUUGUUUGGUCUAAUAUGUAUAAUCAAUUUGACAUUUCUCUUCAUCCAAAAGAAUAUUUUCCUGAUUUGGCAAAUGAAGUAAAACAACAUCGAUCUUUAUUGAAUGAAUUAAAUGAAAUAAAGGAAUUAAAUAUUUCUGCUUCAAAUUAUACUCCAAUAUGGCAAUCACAAUUGGGUGUAGAUGAUUGUUCUAAUCUCAAUUGUGGUAAAGAAUUUAUUUCAAGACUUGAACGGCGUUUACAUUGCUAUUUUUGUGGAAAAAUAUUUUGUAAAAAAUGUUGUAAUAAAAUAGGUGAAAAUGAAAGUAGUAAAGAAUCGACAAAUUCUCCUUUAAUAAUGUUUGCUUGUAAUGAAUGUAAAUUAAAAUAUUAA